AUGAAUGCAGCGCGUUCCGAAACUACAGGAUUUUCGGCGUUCGAACUAACAUAUGGCUACAUUCCUAAAAUGCUCAGUGAGUUUGGGAUGGAAAAUACUGUACCUGGAGUAAGGGAAUUCGCGCUACACGCGAAACACUGUCUGGAACAGGCGCAUGACGCUAUCAUAGCUGCGCGCGUGCGCCAGGCACACCAUGCGAACAAGCGCAGACGUGACCACCCAGCCUAUCGGCCAGGCGAUCUGGUCUACGUCAGUACGGCAAAC